GGAAGAGUGAAGGAAACAAGGCUUUGGUGACGGAGGAGAAUGGAAGAGAGGGUGGUGUUGGUAGUCAUGGUGACAAAGCAGGCCAGGAGAGGACUAGACCCAGCAAAACCGAGCCGGCGGCCCUGCAAGUAGAGACAGAGCUUCUGGGAGCCUUCGUGUGGGCGGGGGUUUAGUUAGAGCACCUCCUCCAGGACGUGAUCUGCGUGAUAAUGGGGCGUCGGGUGGAACGUGGCCUCUGUAGCCUCCGCCGCCGCAGAGCUCGGAUAAGUGUAGCUGCCAGUGCAUUUUCGAUUAGGGUUUCAAAAAUUUAAGAUUCCUGGUGAAAAGGGCGUUGACAUUAGCUUUGAAUGUUUUGGGGAAGGCUUGGGAGUCAGGACGUUGGGUAAGGUGAGGCAGCCGGCAGCGUCUUGGCACCAUGAGUUUUCCUCGCCGAGGCUCCCCACUGAGCCCGGAUCCUAACGGCCGAGGCAGCGGAAGCGCCUGGGAACUGAGUUCCGAGGCGGUUUAUAGUAGUGUGUGUUGCUACGAGCACCUCUCCGGCGGGGACCCGUCGGAUGCCGAGGUGACCUUGGCCCUGCUGGGCGGGGAUCCAGGGCUGCCCCUGGCGCAGGGCUUGGAAGAGCAAAGUCAUCAUUUGACCCUGGACUCCUGCCUAAGCGACGAAACCUACGACUUUAGUUCAGCAGACUCGGGUUCCUCCCUGCGCUACUAUAGCGAGGGCGACAGCUGCGGCGGCGGUGGCGGUGCCAGCAGCUCCUCUUCUCUUCUCAUUCCCCCGCAGACUCAGCAGUCGUCUCUGCACUCGUCUAUCUCAGGAGGUGCGGUGGCGGCGACUGCAGGUCCGGAGGAGAGGAAGCGAACCCGCUCGGGCUGUCCGGCUUCCCGGCAUCGUUAUGAAGUGGUGGCUGAGUUGGGCCCGGAGGAGGUCCGCUGGUUCUACAAGGAAGAUAAGAAGACUUGGAAGCCCUUCAUUGGCUAUGACUCUCUCCGCAUUGAGCUGGCUUUCCGGAAUCUGAUUCAGGUGACUGACAACAGGCCGCGGGCCUUGCGAGGGGAACCCGCCCCAGCCUCGAGCUCCGGGGAGGAGGACGAGGACGGAGCCUGUGGCUACUGCCGGAACGCUGCCCUUAGCGAGCCGGAGCUAGAGGAGCUGGUCCAUAUCGAACCGGUAUGCGUCCGAGGCGGACUCUAUGAGGUGGAUGUAGCCCAGGGAGAAUGCUACCCCGUCUACUGGAAUCAAAGUGACAAAAUACCAGUAAUGCGUGGACAAUGGUUCAUUGAUGGUACUUGGCAGCCAUUAGAAGAAGAAGAAAGCAAUUUAAUUGAACAAGAACACCUUAAGUGUUUUAAGGGUCAACAGAUGCAAGAAAAUUUUGAUAUUGAAGUGUCAAGACCCAUAGAUGGAAAAGAUGGCAGUGGAAUCAGCUAUGCUGUUGUCUACCACCUCCCUCCCUUCUCCCUCCCUUUGUUCAAAUGGAGAGGAUAUAAGGAGAGUACAGAUGCUGCAUGUCUUAAGCGAAAGCGUUCCCAAGCUAUUCAUAGUUUAAAGUUGAGUCGUAACCAUGUGGAUUGGCAUAGUGUGGAUGAGGUAUAUCUUUACAGUGAUGCAACAACAUCUAAAAUUGCAAGAACAGUAACACAAAAGUUGGGUUUUUCUAAAGCUUCAAGUAGUGGGACCAGACUCCAUCGAGGUUAUGUAGAAGAAGCUACCUUAGAAGACAAGCCCUCACAGACUACUCAUAUUGUAUUUGUUGUGCAUGGCAUUGGGCAGAAAAUGGACCAAGGAAGAAUAAUAAAAAAUACAGCCAUGAUGAGAGAUGCUGCAAGAAAAAUAGAAGAAAAGCACUUUUCUAAUCAUGCAACACAUGUUGAAUUUCUGCCUGUUGAGUGGAGAUCAAAACUUGCUCUUGAUGGAGAUACUGUUGAUUCAAUUACUCCUGACAAAGUAAGAGGCUUAAGGGAUAUGUUGAACAGCAGUGCAAUGGACAUAAUGUAUUAUACAAGUCCACUUUAUAGAGAUGAACUAGUUAAAGGUCUUCAGCAGGAGCUAAAUCGAUUAUAUUCGCUUUUCUGUUCUCGGAAUCCAGACUUUGAAGAAAAGGGGGGGAAAGUCUCAAUAGUGUCGCAUUCCUUAGGAUGUGUGAUCACUUAUGAUAUAAUGACUGGCUGGAAUCCUGUUCGACUUUAUGAACAGCUGAUGCAGAAGGAAAGUGAGCUACCUGAUGAAAGAUGGAUGAGCUAUGAAGAACGACAUCUCCUAAAUGAAUUUUAUCUAACUAAGCAGCGGUUGAAAGAAAUUGAAGAAAGAUUACAAGGAUUGAAGACAUCAACUGUGACACAAACACCUGCCUUAAAAUUUAAGGUUGAAAAUUUUUUCUGCAUGGGAUCCCCUCUAGCAGUUUUUUUGGCAUUACGUGGCAUCCGUCCAGGAAACAGCGGAAGUCAAGACCACAUUUUGCCUAGAAUCAUAUGUAACCGGUUACUAAAUAUUUUUCAUCCCACAGAUCCAGUUGCUUAUAGAUUAGAACCAUUAAUUUUGAAACACUACAGCAACAUUUCACCUGUCCAGAUCCAUUGGUAUAAUACUACAAAUCCUCUACCUUAUGAACACAUGAAGCCAACUUUUCUCAACCCUGCAAAAGAACCUACCUCAGCAUCAGAGAAUGAAAAUUUGUCAGCAGUAUCAAGCCCAGUGACUUCACCUAUCCUGUCUCGACGACAUUAUGGGGAAUCUAUAACAAAUAUAGGCAAAGCCAGCAUAUUAGGAGCUGCUAGCAUUGGGAAAGGACUUGGAGGAAUGUUGUUUUCAAGAUUUGGACGUUCUAGUAGUUCAUCUACAUCACAGCCAUCUGAUGCAUCAAAAGAAGUAACAGAAGAAGAAAAGAAGCCCAUCAUCCCACCAAUCAGCACUACUAUGACCAUGCAGACCUUUCCACAUAGCAGUUCUGGCUUUCUUGAUUCUACAUUGGAACUGGAUCACAGGAUUGAUUUUGAACUCAGAGAAGGCCUUGUGGAAAGCCGAUACUGGUCAGCUGUAACAUCACAUACUGCAUAUUGGUCAUCCUUGGAUAUUGCCCUUUUUCUUUUAACUUUCAUGUACAAACAUGAACAAGACAAUGAUGCAAAGCCAAAGUUAGACCCAAUCUGAACUUUUGAAGGAACUUUAAUGGCACGAAAUUGUUGCUUGUUAAAAUUCAGUAUGUUUAAGACACAGAGGUUUCAGGCUUAAGUAUGUUUCGAUUUUAUUUGGAGCAAGAAAUAUUUGUAUUUAAAAGCACCUAAUUUUUAUUUUAAAAAAAAUUCAACCCUAACCUAAAUAAGUUAAUUUAAAAUUUUCAGGUAACAGUCUAUACUGGUAUUACACAAGAAUGAUUGGUAAGGAAGGUUUGAUAGGGAAGACUUGAGAGGCCACUAUGGUAACAAUAAUAAAACUUUUAAGUUUAUUAAGUAUAAAAAUUAAAUCCAUUGUAAUCCAAUUAAUCAAAUAUAUUGUACCUAAAAGUGCAUGGUCCUGUUUAUUUUAUGUGAAAGUAAAAGACAAGAGGUGAUACUUUAAAUUAAAAUCUACAUUUUCCACAAUAACAGAGGUCAUUCCAACUACAUAUUUAGAUUUUGUUGAAUUUAACUUAGAGUAAUGCUUAGAAAAGAAACAAAUCUGUUUAUAAUUUAUUACUUCUAUUUUAUUCUAAUGUUUGAAGGAUCACUUAAAAAAAACCUCCAUUGGGCAUAAUUUAAGAAGUACAUUUCUUUUUUAUUGUGUUAAUUUUUUUUUUCCAGAAAAAAAUUUCUUUGUACUUAAUCGCUGAAUAUAUAGACAGUAUGGCAAA